CCUCUAUUCUUCUUCUUUUCUUUCUUUUAAUUGAUUCCAUUGAGAUGAAGCCGAGGCCAACUAGGAUGAUAGCUCAGCCUCCUUUUUAAAUCAUAGUUCUGAGUCUGAUCUGAUAGGAUGGUCAUUGACCAGAAACACUGGGGAGUAGUUAAUUUCCAUUUUGGGCUCCAUGGUUUUUGGGUGAUAGAAGGAAAAGUUGCAUCGAAUAGAGCUGGUAGUACUUUGCAUUCAUCAACGUCCUUACAUCAAGUUCGCUAGAAUCAAGGCAUCAGAAUUUGCGCUACAAGAAAUUGUGAAGUGUUUUUUUGGUAUUGCAAAGAAAAGACAUGGAAGGAGAAGCUAAGGAGCAGGUCUUGCCUCCUGGCUUCAGGUUUCAUCCCACCGAUGAAGAACUUGUCGGUUAUUAUUUGACCCAGAAGAUCGACAAAUCCAAUUUCACAGCAAGAGCUAUUGCAGUCGUCGACCUUAAUAAGUGCGAGCCAUGGGAUCUUGCAGGGAAAGCAAAGAUGGGAGAGAAAGAGUGGUUCUUUUUCAGCCUCAAGGACCGCAAGUAUCCAACCGGACUUCGGACAAACCGUGCAACAACUGCAGGUUAUUGGAAAAUUACAGGGAAAGACAAGGAGAUCUUUAAUAGCCAUACUUCAGAGAUAAUGGGAAUGAAGAAGACAUUGGUCUUCUAUAGGGGCAGAGCUCCAAGAGGAGAGAAAACUAACUGGGUCAUGCAUGAGUACUCUCAACAGUCCAAAACCACUUUCGAAGACCAAAAGGAGUGGGUGGUCUGCCGAGUAUUCAAGAAGAGCUCCAGAGAGAGAAUGUGCCUCUCCAACCAGCCUCAACCUGAUCAAAAACUUCAAAAGAGUUCUGCCUGCAUGUCAUCAGUGAUGCAGACCAACCCGUAUGAAUUGACUAGCAGCAGAAAUAGCUCUACAGAACUAACUAGGCAAUAUAGGGGAAUGCUAGGCCUGAGUCCACUGAUCCAACCACAGUUUGGCUCAGCUGGGAGCUUCACACCAUCAUCAGCGCUCAGUCUAUUCCACCCAACAGUCGCUGCCAUGGAGGCAUGGACUGACCGCAUCCUCCCCAAUUCUGAUAUUGGUUUUGGUUCGGAUAUCGGUUAUGCCCCAGCCAAGGUAUGGCUGCCACAAGUGGAUUCCAAUGUGGAGCUUGAGAACUAUUGCCCCCCUCGUUUGAGUGGAAAAGAGACUCGUGAGAGCCUCAUAAAACCUUCUGUCUAAAAAGAUUUAACCCUUCCUUUAGUGAAGA